AUGUUUGGCAUUUGGCCAACUGACUCCGCUCACUUCCAAGAUGAGCAAAACGCUUUGAAGCAAUACUUGCCAAACAUCUCCAAGGACACCGUCAAGGUUUUCCUUGUGGGUUCCGAGGCUUUGUACAGAAAGGACAUGACUGCCAGCGACUUGGCCGAUGCUAUCAACACCAUCAAGACUCUCUUGAAGUCUAUCAAGGACAAGAACGGUAACUCCUACGGUGACGUUCCUGUUGGAACUGUCGACUCUUGGAACGUCUUGGUCGACGGUGCUUCUACCGCUGCCAUCAAGGCCGCUGACUUCGUUUACGCCAACGCUUUCUCUUACUGGCAAGGUCAACAAAUGAACAACGCUUCUUACUCUUUCUUCGAUGACAUCAUGCAAGCUUUGCAGACCAUCCAAACCGUCAAGGGUACCACCGACCUCGACUUCUGGGUUGGUGAGACCGGCUGGCCAACAAACGGUUCCAACUUCGAGGACGCUUACCCAGGCCUUAACAACGCCAAGCAAUACUGGAAGGAGGCUAUCUGUGCCAUGAGAAACUGGGGUGUCAAUGUUUGUGUCUUCGAGGCUUUCGAUGAGGCCUGGAAGCCAGACACCUCCGGUAUCAACGACGUUGAGAAGUAUUGGGGUGUCUUUGAUGCCAACAGCCAAGCCAAGUUUUCCUUGGACUGUUAG